GAAAUUGUUUAUAUCAUUCUAUUGUUGUUCUGAUGAACAAUCCACUGGUGACAGCUAGUGAAUUGCGAGUUCGAACAAUAAUGGAACUUAUAGCUAAUGAAAAUUAUUAUCAAACUACGUAUUCACAAUAUGUAGGACCUACCGAUAUUGCUAUUAAGGCUAUUUGCAAAAAUUAUAUGUUUUCUGAAUUAUAUGAAAUUGCCGCUUUAUGUAAUGUACUUCAAUGUAACAUACGAAGUGUCUAUCCAAAAAUUGAUUUUCAUCAUUAUAUGGCAAUUUGGGAUAACCUCUUUACACCUAUUCCACCUGUUCAUUCCAAUUGUAACAUUGCGAUUUUAUGGUCAAAUGUCUUGAAUGAAAAAGAUGUUCGAGAAACACACAAUGGCAUGUGGAGACCAAAUCAUUUUGUUCCACUUAUGUCACUACCUAUUCGUAAUGAACUUAAUAACACCAGUCAAUCAGCAUUACUUGUUGUGACUCCUGAAAAGAAGACUUUCAAAAAUAAUACUGUUACUCAAAUAAGGACUCCAAGAUUUCAAUCUUCUCCUAGUAGACGCUUACGAAGUGAAGACAACAUCGGAAAUGAUUUUACUCAACCAUAUAUUUCAGGUUCAAUGCAAAAGGAAAAGAAUGAUAAAGAAGAACGACGUCAGAUUCAACUUCAAAAGAAAAUGGAACGAAGUCGAUCUAGUCGAAUGAAUGAAACAGAAGAACAACGUCAAAUUCGACUUCAGAAGGAGAGAGAAAGAAGUCGAUCCAGUCGAAUGAAUGAAACAGAAGAACAAAGGGAAAUUCGUCUUGAAAAGAAAAAAGAACAAACUCAAUCCACCCGUACAAAUGAAUUGGAAGAGCAACGUCAGAUUCGACUUGAACAACAAAAGAAACGAAGUCAAGUAUAUAGAACUAAAAAGAAAGUUGAAAAGCAGAGCAAUGAAAAUAUUAGUACUGGACAAAAUUCCACUCAUUCUACUUGGCCUGGACCAAUUAGUCGCGAUUUAAAAGACACUCGGUUGCAACAAUUUUUAGAACAGAUGGCCAUGUCAAAAUUGGCUGAAGCUACUUGUGCAGUUUGCAAUAUCUGUACUUCAGCAAAAGAUGCGAAGAAAAUUUCAAUCUCAAAAAUUCCUAAUAUUGAUUUACUUAAAGUUUCUGAAGAACUCAAAAAUCUAAUUAGAAAUUCAACCGAAAAUACUUCCAUCUUCAAUGGUAAUGAUAAUAACGGACAGACGACAACACAGAUUAAAAGUAUAGUAUAA